CAAAGUUAUUAAAAUGGCGUAAAGAUUUGUUUAGAUGAAUAUUACUUGGGUGUGGCUGUUAACAUAAUAAGCUCUAGAAAUGUAUUAGUUUUGUAAACACUUAAACCAGUUUUUAUCCGAAUUAAAGUUUCUCAAGGAGGAUUUGUGACAGACUAUCCCGAGGCCCCCAGGUUAUACGACUUGCUCAUCAUUAUUUUGAAAUUGUGACUAACGAAAAUGUUAAUUUUACUCAAAAACGACAUGAAUUGAAAAAUGUCACGUUUAGCAGACUAUUUCGUUGUUGUGGGUUAUGAUCACGAGAAAGAACGGAGCGGUAUUAGUAGCGGUAUAAUUUUACAAAGAUUUCCGGAAAAAGACUGGCCAGAUACCCCGUUUAUUGACGGAAUCGAAUGGUUUUGCCAACCCCAAGGAUGGGCUUUAUCCACCGAGCGGCAAGAACCGAAAUUUUUUGUCUCGGUACUUACAGAUAUCGACGCAAAUCGCUACUAUUGCGCUUGUCUUUGUUUCAAUGAAACUGUCUCAAUUACCCCCAGUAAGCCUGUAGAUGAGGAGGAAGACACUGUUGAAAGCGAGGCCCCCCUGGUACGCCCCAUCCCCGCCAUAUCCCAUCACAGCAUUAUGUACGCCCCUAAAUGUCUAGUAUUGGUCUCGAGAUUGGAUUAUAUUGAAACGUUUAGAAAUUGCUUAGGAAUUAUUUAUUCAGUUUAUGUGGAAAGCAUGCCGGUACCGUUGGAGAAUUUAGUUGGAAAUAUCCUCGGUUGUAUUCAAGUGCCUCCGCCAGGGGGCCCCCAAGUGAGGUUCAGUAUAGGGGCUGGGGACAGACAAGCGCUACAGCCCCCAUUGAGCCCCUCACUGCCAGUGACGCACACUUCCGUUAACUUACUGUUCCAUCAGUUGGGAAUUCGCAAUGUUUUAGUUUUAUUUUGUGCCAUAAUGACCGAACAUAAGAUUUUGUUUCACUCAAAGAGCUAUAACCGGUUAACUGAAGCAUGUCGCGCGUUAACUGCUCUCAUGUACCCUUUUCGGUACUCACACGUCUACAUACCUCUAUUACCAGCUGCUUUGGUCGAGUUUUUAUCAACUCCAACGCCUUUUAUCAUGGGGGUGCAUUCGUCCUUGAAAUAUGAAGUCGCCGAAUUGAUGGAUGUGAUUAUUGCCGAUCUAGAUGGCGGUUCAAUUACAAUUCCUGAUGGAAUUUCCCUUCCGCUACUUCCAGAGCCGCUCCUGAGUCACACGCAGGAAAAUCUGAGUCUGAUUCUUCAACCUGAACUCAGUUGUGCUGAUCAUGCGUUCCCUCCGUUAGCAGUGCGGGCUCCACAGCCCGCUAUGUUAGAUAAGGAAAUCAGAGCUGUUUUUAUGCGAACUUUUGCCCAACUUCUCCAAGGCUAUCGAAGUUGUCUCACUUUGAUUAGAAUUCAUCCAAAACCAGUUAUAACAUUUCACAAAGCAGCUUUUCUCGGUGAACGCAAUUUGAAAGAAUGCGAAUUUACAACGCGUGUUUUGGAUUGUAUGUUUUUCACAAGUUUUGUGGCAGAAAGAGGGCCACCAUGGCGGCCGUGUGACGUCUGGGAUGAACUCUAUAGUAGUUUGGGUGAACUCAUGAAGGCUGAAGGACAGGAUUCUAGAUUAAUUUUGGUUCAUAUACAAGAAUUGGCGCAACAGUUGUACACUAACGAGAAUCCAAAUCCACAAUCGUACUCGCAAAAGAUUUUAGUGCCUCCGGAAGGAGCAUUUGCAAGAAUACAUCAACCGGUUUUACCUGUAAUCAACGGAGAACAAGUACAAACGAUUAUUGAUGAAGGAUUGUCCAAAAAUAAUCUUAAAUCGAGUGGGGAUUAUGCUUGGUUGGCAUCACUGCGCCCCAUCCAGCCGCGAAUUGUACCUUCUGGUCCGCAUAUUUCCAACCUCAACGAGAACAAAAACAUUGUCAGUAAUUCAGCACGUCGUCUUGAAGUACUUCGCAAUUGUAUCAAUUGCAUUUUUGAGAAUAAAAUUUCGGAUGCACGUAAAACUUUCCCAGCAGUGCUACGAGCCCUCCAAUCGAAACAAGCCCGUUUAGCCUUAUGUAAUGAACUUGCACAACACGUUAGCGGUACGAAAGCAAUGCUCGAACAUCAACAAUUCGAUCUUGUUGUGCGUUUAAUGAAUUGUGGUCUUCAAGAUGAUUCGUCAAUGGACGAGCAUGGCGUUGCUGCUGCUCUUUUACCACUUUCGACAAUUUUUUGUCGGAAACUUUGUACGGGGAUUAUACAGUUUGCAUAUACUUGUAUUCAGGAGCAUGCAGUUUGGCAAAAUCAACAAUUUUGGGAAGCUGCUUUCUAUCAAGAUGUACAGAAAGAUAUUAAGGCUUUGUAUACGGCGAGGUGUGAAAGUGUGAGAGGGGAGUUGUUAUCGAGUCCAACUUCGCCGAGAGAGAGUAAGGAUUACAAUUGGACGAAUCGAAGGAGUAUUUUGAAUCGAGUCCACGAACCAACUGCGUUAGAAAUAGCAGCUGAGCAAAUGAGAAUCUGGAGUUCCAUAGAUGGGGAAAAACAGAAAGAGUUAAUUACGUGCGAGGAGAAUACGAUGUACAGUCAAGCAAUUCAUUAUGCGAAUCGUAUGGUUUAUUUACUAAUUCCUUUGGAUAUUGGAAAUAAGACAAGUAAACAAGAGUUGUUUGAUGAUGAGAGGGCGAGUAAUAGUAUGGCGAAUAGUCGUUUCAGUGUCGCUGAAAGUGACAGUGUAGACGCUGAGUCAGGUUUCGAAGAUCAAGAUCCAGGUGAGACUGGAAUGACUGUAAUUCGUCUCGUUUCUCGUUUCAUCGAUAAAGUGUGCAAUGAAGGUGGUGUGACACGGGAACACAUCCGAAAUCUUCAUCAAAUGAUUCCUGGAGUCGUCCAUAUGCACAUUGAGACUCUUGAAGCGGUCUAUCGUGAAUCGAAACGACUUCCACCGAUUCAAAAACCGAAAAUUCUAACACCAAAUAUGCUCGCCGGUGAAGAACUGAUAAUGGAAGGUUUGCGCGUUUAUCUUCUUCCUGAUGGUAGAGAAGAAAGUAGUCCGGGAUUACUCGGUGGUCCACCGCUUCUUCCAGCAGAGGGCGCCAUCUUUCUCACAAACUAUCGUAUUAUUUUCAAGGGAAUUCCCUGUGAUUCGUUUGCUUGCGAGCAAAUCGUUGUGAGAUCAUUUCCAGUGACGUCGUUGACUAAAGAAAAAAAAGUUGCAGUGCAAUAUUUAGCACACUUGGAUCAAUGGUUGCAAGAGGGACUACAGGUGCGUUCGUGUACAUUUCAAUUGAUGAAAUUGGCGUUUGACGAAGAAGUUACCGCUGAAAAUGUCGAAACAUUGCGAAAGUUUAUUCAUAAAAUUCGGCAUCCGCCCGAUGUUUUUCACCAUUUUGCGUUUACGGGCCAAGUUGUUGUAAGUCAGACACCAUUGCAUAAAGGCAAGGAGAAAAAUGCAACUUUGAGAGGAUUUGCAAAGAAAACUUUAUUAAAAACGGCUCGCAAAGCAGGAUUUAAGCAGAAAUCGUCAUCAAAACGUCAAAAAUAUGUUUUACCAAAUUCGACUCUUUAUAAUAGUAAUAAAUAUAUGACGAGUCCAGGUCGGAUGAGUUUGCCAAAUACCGAUGAGUAUAGUCAUGAUGAUGAUUUGUCAAUUGAUGAUUUUGAAACGGGACCAUCAUCAGUGCCUUCAGCACCCACUGAUGCAAAGACUUUGGAACGAAUGGUUGAACGUAGUUAUGUGAGAGAUUGGCAACGAUUGGGUUUAUGUAACGAUAAUUCCUCACCGACAAAUGCUAAACCAGCUCCAGAUCAGUUCCGAUUAACUACAGUUAACUCCAUGUACAUGAUGUGUCGCAGUUAUCCGGCACUGUUGGUGGUACCUGCAAAUGUAACCGAUGAGAGUAUUCGUCGCUUUUGUCGUUGUUACCGCCAGGGUAGAAUUCCUAGCACCACUUGGAGACACCCUCGAACAAAAGCUCUCUUAUUACGAGGCGCUGGUCACCAUGGUAAAAGUGUAAUGGGAAUGUUGAAAAGUCAUCCCACACCAAAUGCCUCCACUGAAACCACAUCAUCCUUCGAACAAGAAAGAUAUCUUUCGGCUCUCGUUUCAGCCACUCCAAUAUUCUCUCUACGUCAUGGCUCAGCUUGGGGCAUGUCUGAUAGUUCUCUAAGUGUAAAUUCGUUGUUUCUAGCAGCUGAUGAUCCCUUAGGUGGCGCAACGCUAACACCUGAAGUAGCCCGACGUUCAAAACCUCUCAAAGGAAUGGGAACUUUGGCAAUGUUUCCUCGGUCGUCCGGUGGUAAAGGACCAAAAAAUUUCGGUCGUUGGGGUUCUUUGAAAGACAGAAGACAGAGUUCACAAGCAUCUCUUGCCAACGUUCAGCAAAAUCGCGGCAAUAUCAGGCAUUCAACAGAUGCCGAAAGUGCAAUUUAUGGUGUUCAUACGCUGCAAAGAGCUGCAUUGUAUAUUUUGGGAGAGAAGGCACAAAUGAAAGGUGUGAAAGUGGAAUCCGCUCCAAAGACUGAUUUUAUUCCAGUGGAGUAUUACGAUGUGAGACAUACAAAAACAGCAUUUAAAAAAUUGAUGAGGGCGUGCAUUCCGAGUUCGGCAACGGAUGCACCCGAACAAAGCUUUCACAGACUAAUUGAAAAUUCCGAAUGGCUGCAACAAAUUCAGAAUAUAAUGCAGCUGGCUGGUGCCGUUGUCGAUCUUCUUGACCUUCAGGGCUCCUCUGUAGCCAUUUGUCUGGAAGACGGUUGGGAUACAACAGCUCAAGUCUCUUCCGUUGCUCAACUCUGUCUCGAUCCUUACUAUCGCACACUUGAAGGUUUUCGUGUUCUAGUCGAAAAAGAAUGGAUCGGUUUUGGACACCGUUUCAGCCAUCGUAGUAAUCUCAACGCGAAUUCACAAGCGUCAGGUUUCGCACCUACUUUUCUUCAAUUUUUGGAUGUCGUCCAUCAAAUUCAAAAACAAUUUCCCAUGGCUUUCGAAUUCAGCGAUUUUUAUCUACGUUUUUUGGCUUAUCAUUCGGUUUCGUGUCGUUUUCGUACGUUUUUAUUCGAUUGCGAAUUAGAGAGAGUCGAAAGUGGGGUUGCUGCAGUUGAGGAUAAGAGAGGUUCAUUAACUUCGCAUCAUAAAAGUGUGGACACCAUCUCCGAUGAUGAGAAUAUUUAUCCGGGUGGAAGGGUCGCAGGGACGACGAGUUGUGGUGGCACAAAUUUGGGACAAAGUGUGUUUGAUUAUGUGGAGAAGCAACAUGCUAGGACCCCGUUGUUUUUCAAUUUUAUGUACACACCGGAUUUUGAACACCCUGUUUUGAGGCCACAGUCACAUUUACCAUGUCUCGAAAUAUGGCAAUACUAUUUGGAUGAGAAUCUCCAUCAUGGACCUGAAUAUGAUCUUGAAAUUAUACAGCUUGAUACACAACAAGAAGAAGAGGCGGAAGCCGCUGAUGGCAUUUCGAGUAAAAGUAAUCGAAAAAUAAUAACACUAGGUUAUGAUUGUGUUAGUAAAUGUGUGCCAGACGCAUUCAGUCAUUUAUUGGAGGAAAUACAUCGACUCGAAACAGAACUCGGACAUUUACCACAAAAAUGGAAAGUCCUUUGGGAUAAACUCGAAUUGCCAACUACCGAUUCUCUUACUAGACAUGCCUCGUUUAGUACAGCCCUAGUUCGUUCUCAUGGUCGUUUGGUACACAAACGUUCAACCCUUGAAAUUUUGAUGAGGGGUAAAAUGGUGGGUGCUGCCGAAACGUCAUUGGUGUAUUCACAUCCUCAUCGUUUCGAAAAAUAUAAUUACACCACGCCCACAUAUUGUGAUUAUUGUACAAAUUUGUUAUGGGGACCAGUGAAGACCGGUAUGAGGUGUAUGGAUUGUGGGUACAGUUGCCACGAGAAAUGUAUAGAAGGCGUGCCGAAAAAUUGCACGAAAUAUAAAGCAGUCACUGACAAUAACGCAUCACAGACAAUUUCGGGUACAGGAGGUGAUAACGGGUCGGUUAGUUCCGGUAGCGCACGCCAAACCUCUAGUCAGCAAUAUUACGAUCAGUUUUCAUCGAAUGUUGCCGAAAAUCGGACACACGAAGGGUAUUUGUAUAAAAGAGGGGCGUUGUUAAAAGGCUGGAAGCAGCGCUGGUUUGUUUUGGAUUCAAUUAAACAUCAGCUAAGGUAUUACGAUGCGAUGGAAGACUCACACUUUAAGGGAUAUAUAGACUUAGCUGAAGUUAUGUCGGUGACGUCAGCUAGUCCAGCUCCUGGACCUCCAAAAAAGACUGACGACAAAUCAUUUUUUGAUUUGCGCACUAGUCGACGCACUUAUAAUUUUUGUGCAGCAGAUGCUGCGACAGCACAAGAAUGGAUCGAGAAGCUGCAAGCUUGUCUACAAUAAUACUCUUAUCCAAAGUUACUUUUUUAGUCUCAUAGGUGACAAUAAAUGUUGAAUUAUUUUUAGUGAUUAUUUAUAUUUUUUUUAUAAAGCGCACAUUAUUUAAGUGGCUCAAAAAUUAGGUCAAGUCUCUCUAUAUCACGCAAGCAUAUCAAUGUCUUAUUUGUUAUUAUUGUUAUUCAGUGUGUAUAUUACAUUCCGUGUUAAUAACCGCUCGGCAUUCGCUUCGGAUGUCGCCAAUAGCCUAGAGUCGCUGUUAUAUUUGUGAUAUAUUGUUAAUUGUUUACUUACGUUAACACGUCUCAAAGUAUAUUUCCUUAGCUUAAUCUUUGCAAUGUGAAAUAACUGCCAAAGUUAAUAAACCAUUUUAAAAAGA